GUUUAUUUUUUUGCAGAGCCAAAUAUCGUCCACGGAGGUAAGAUGAACGUUCACUUGCAUGCAUACACACAGAACAUCUUACAUCAUGCCAGACCUCUUAGUGAUUAAGAGCUGCUUCCUGAGUUGCUUAUUAGUACUGCUUCAGACAUCGAGCUCACAGCAGGACGAGCAAAGCCAGCUGCUACUGGUGUCCUUUGAUGGCUUCCGCUGGGACUAUGUGAAUCGAGUACCCACACCCAAUUUCCGUGCCCUGAUGGAUGAAGGGGUACAGGUGGAACAAGUGGAAAACACCUACAUCACCAAAACCUACCCGAACCACUAUACCUUAGUGACAGGAUUACACGCCGAAACCCACGGCCUUGUUGCUAACGAAAUGUAUGACCCCAUUCACAACCGCUCCUUUUCUAUGGAGGGACCUGAGGUGUAUGAUGCAUGGUGGUGGGAGGAGGCUGUGCCGCUGUGGGUCACCAAUCAGAAGGCCGGGCGGAAGAGCGGAGCUGCCAUGUGGCCUGGAUCAGAUGUAGCGAUUGGUGGAACAUUCCCAACACAUUACUUGAGUUAUAAUGCGUCAAUGCCAUUUGAGACCCGAGUCAACAAACUCAUUGACUGGUUCUCAGGGCCGGAGGCCAUCAAUUUUGGUGUCUUGUACUGGGAGGAGCCAGAUGAGAGUGGGCAUAACUUGGGGCCAGAGAGCCCGCUAAUGGAUGUAGUCAUAGCAGACAUCGAUGAGAAGUUGGGAUUCCUCAGGGAAAAGCUCAAAACCGCUGGCCUUUAUGAUAAAGUCAAUCUCAUUGUUACGAGUGAUCAUGGAAUGGCACAGUUAUCACAUGAUAAGAUUAUUGAGCUGGACACCUACGUCAGUCGUGAUCUUUACACAUGGAUAGACAAGAGCCCUGUAGUUGGUAUUUUGCCAAAAGAAGGUAAACUUGAAGAGGUCUACAGUUUGUUGAAGAAUGCCAACCCUAACAUGCUUGUUUAUAAAAAGGAGGAGAUCCCAGAUCAUUACCACUACAGACACAAUGUCAGGAUCAUGCCUCUGAUCAUUGAGGCCAAAGAGGGCUGGACGGUCAUGCAGAACAGAAACGCAUCUUUUAUGUUGGGAAACCAUGGUUAUAACAACAGCCUUCCCAGCAUGCACCCUGUGUUUGUUGCCCGUGGUCCCGCUUUCCGCCGCGACUACACCAAAGCCUCCAUGCGCUCCGUCGACCUCUAUCCUCUCAUGUGCAGCAUUCUUGGUCUCAAGCCCUUGCCCAACAAUGGCUCUUUGUCAAGUGUGCAGGAUGUCUUAGUGGAGACGUCAACCCCAAAGCCAGUGGUCCCGCCUGUGCCCAGAGAGCCUUCCUACGCCUGGGCCGUGGGAUCCAUCCUCGGCGCUACCCUCGUGAUUGGCUUUCUCUUCAUCUAUGUGCAACAGGUGACACAGCGGCAGCUACUGCCACUGCAUCUGUCCAAUAGUGAAAUUACACAACCCUUACUGUAGGGUCAAACACAAGGGUUGUCGGCACUUUUCUCACGUGAGGUUCUCAAAGUAUGUAGCACUGAUUAUCUCUCCAGUGCCACAGUUCUCAAUUCAUUCUAAAAUAUUUCUGAUAACACUUUUUAAGCAGUCAGCAUGGUCGCUUGAAUUCAAAAGUGAUCGAUAUCCACGGUACCAUGCCAAAGCCAAAUAUACCAAAAGCAAUAUGGGGAAAGAUGCUACAGUGGAAAAAAGGUUGUGCAAUCAUCAAAAUCAUAGCUGACUAAACCAAUAGUGCCCUCUUCUGGUGAAGCUGUCAGUGAGACCUUUAUUCUAGUCCUCUAAAAUCUAGUAUUUGAAAAAAAAAAAAAAAAAAAUUAGCAUCCCCAUGCUUUUCCUUUCAAUUUGAAUCUGACAUUAAUUUAAUAAGAGAGAGUUGACAUUACCUUGAAUUGAAUUUAAAGAAUGUUCCAGGUUGAAAUUGCUUGCAUUUGUGGCAUAAUGUUAAUUAUAACAGAAAAUGUAUUUCCAUUUCCUCCUUUUCUUUAAAAACAAGAUAAAAUACCAAUCUGCAAAUAAUAUGAAUGUUAAUAUAAAAUAUGAUUUUAAAGUGAAAAAUUACUUGAUUUAAUUUUUUUUCCCAUGACAAUGAAAUGCUAUAAUCCCUUUUAUUUUUCACUAUUCUUUGACGAAAAGGAAGUUCAAAAGAACAGCAUUUAUUUUAAAUAGAAUUCUUUUAUAACAUUAUAUAAUGUCCCAUUUAAGCUCAAAUAAUGCACAUUUCAACAUUAUUUAUUAAAUGGGAAGCUUGGUCUCAUUUACUUCUUCCAUUGUAAGUGCAUCAUUAUAACCUCUUUUUUUCUUUUUAUAAUUAAGAAAGUCAAAAUAAUUGUUUAUUUUGAUUAACACUAUGCCACAAAUGCUGUUUAUUGAGUUUAGCUUGUGUUGAACCCAGACUAUUCCUUUAACUGAAUGUUAAGGAUAUUUAACAUUCUGAACAAAACAAUUAAGAGAGGUUAGUAGCAGUCACUUUUUGAACUUGUUAUUCUCAUAUCCAUCAUCAGUUUUGUUUGUCAAUUAGUUAAAUGCAGUUAAGUUGGCAGUUUAAUGUUAAUAAGUGUUAAUGAAAAGAAGCUGGUAGUUGUCAAACUACCUCCAUGUUGCACUAAGAUCAAUGUAAGCUAAUCAGGAUAGACGGAUGAAUAUUAGACUAGUGGGAUGUUUUAGCUUAUCUGCGUUUUGCACAAUGUAAUGCCAUCCAAAAUUUAUAUAAAAAGGGUGUGGGUGCCAAAAAUUGACAUCAAGUAGUAAUAGUAUAAGUCCUCUGUUGAUAUAUUUUGUACUUUUGAAAAUAGCAUUUAACAAAAAGCCCUGUGUGGGGCAAAACACUGUGAUCGGUCUUCUACUGGUGCAAAGACUUAAAGAAAAAUAAUUAUGAUAUUUGAUAUUAAUGUUGCUAAAGUAGUAGUAGUUAGCUGCUUGCAGAAUGUUAGGAUCGUUUCUGUUAUUAAGAAGGAAAUUAUGACGUUCUAUAUGGACGUGUGCAGAGACUGUUGUGUUUUGUGUAAAGUAUUUCAUUGAUUUACUGGAUAUUUAUUACAUAUUCUGGAUUUUAUGUCGGAUUUUGACCUGUCAAAAGUCCCAUAACUAAAACAUUACUUUAAAUGUGUGCUACAUUAAAAUGUUAAUAAAUGCCUGAUUUGGAAACUUC